AUGAAUGCAAGCGGCGAGAAGGAGUAUCACUACGUGUGGUCCGUCGCUGAGCCUUUCCUUCCUCAGUGCUUCCGAUUGCGACCUGCGCAGGCAAUCCUUGUCGUGUACGUGGAGUUGCUGGAGGUGGAAUUGCGCAAUGUUGGCGCUACGGAGUGCCAUGCAGGCUUGCCUGCACCACUGACGGGUGCACGCGGAGUAAUCCCAAAAAGGAACUACUUGGGGGCCUAUGGGUAUGGAGGGUGGCUCGUCCACCAGCGGUUGCUCGGCAAGUUCCCACGACAGCAUUCUCAGAAGCUUGCAGAGGCCAGUGGGACUUUGCUUCUUAGACGCGACCACUGCAGAUCGCUCAGAAGUCUGACCCUGAACUAUAUACUCCGAAAAUCGAAGUGUCGGGGUGGGUCUAUCGCAUUUUUCUGUACCUACAAAGUCUUCGACUCUGGCAAUGGGGACUCCAAUGAUGAUGGCGUCACUGAUGUCUUCAAUCCGUGCGCAGCAGUUUUCGACACCGAAGACAACAAUGGGGUUCCAGAUCUCUUUGUUCGCUAUCGGCCGUUCUCCAUGACGGCCUCCUCCGUGGGCUUUCCCUUCAUCUGCCAGUCCCGGAACGUCGAGAAGGACUGCGAUUCACAGUUCGUGGACAACUACAACGCACAG